CAAAGUUUUUGAGACCCUAGCAGGGUUGGGUCUUGCCGCUCUAAUUGGGUGGGAGAGUUUCGGAACAACAUGUUUACUUAUUGCACUGUGCAUUGGAAGCAGAGCGGCGCCGCGGUCGGAGUUUUGCCGCUGAUUGGAGUUUUCCGUGCACGAUGGAUGAUGAAAAUCCCAGAGAUCAGACAAUCGUACUCACAGCCAGCAUUCACGAACAAGUUGCCAUUUGGCCGGUGGAUUCUUGAAGUUGGGUUGUGGUGAGGUUUCCGACUCUAAGGGCAGUGGCUGAUGGGGAGAACACCCUUUUUCUGUUUCUGCACUUUUUUUUUAGUUUGGCGUUUUACUGCUAUAUAAAUGCAGUUUACUAGGCCAUUUUUGGAUGCAGUGCUGUAUCACAUUCGCAGUGUUCUGGUGGGAAGUUUAGAGCCGGUGAAUCAAGUGAAUUAAUUCAUAAUGAUACUCAAAGGACUAACGUUUUUGGUCGUGAUACUAGUUGUGAGUGGUCAGCAGAAAAAUCAGGGACCAAAAUUUAAGGACAUCCCUAUUGUGUCUCACGAAAAUGUGCUGGAGGUUGAUGGGAAGUUUCGAUACAGCUAUGAAGGCGGUGAUGGCACUCGAGCAGUUCAGGAUGGACAGCAGAUUUUCGUGAACAAUCAAGCCGGUACAGCUUCGCAAGGGCAGUACACCUAUCAGGGCGAUGAUGGCAAAACCUACAGCGUGUCCUACACUGCCGAUGAGAAUGGAUAUCGUCCCUCGGCUGAACAUCUUCCAACUCCUCCGCCAGUUCCGGCACCGAUUGCACGAGCCUUGGCAUUUCUCGCAACUUUGCCGCCUCAGAAAGAGAAUAACAGGAAGUUUUGAGUACUAUAGGUGUAGUGUUAGAUUUUUAUUUAUGAAAGUGUUGCUGCAUCGAUUGAAAAACCAUGCCAAGAUGGUUUCGAAGCUACGAGUGA